AUGGGCAACUGUCUACCGACCACGCAUCGUUUCUUCCGCUUUACUCGACGCAGGUGCGUCAGAAAUGACUCGCCUAUGAGGGUAGAUGAAGCUGUGGAAGCAGGAGAGACUAGAAAUAGUACAGGCCAUGAAGAGAUAGGGGCAGCGACAAAUAGAAUGAAACAAGCGACUAUGAGUGAGAUUUCAGCGAAAGAGAAGGAAGUAGAAGACGAGAUCGAGAGUAGAGUAGGCACCAUCACUGACACCGACGCCCACAGCGAAUGCUCCUUCACCUUGGGAGAAUUUCCGUCGCUCGAAAGCCUAUGUGAGGAGGAUGAAGAGUUGGAGCAGAUGGAGAAUAGCAUAGAACAGGAGAAUACGAGUGAGAAGGCAGUGCAGGAGAAAGUAGAAGAUGAGAUUGAGGUUGAGAGUAGAGAACAUGAAUAUGAAUAUGAAUACGAAUAUGAAGAUAGCGAGUGCUCAUCUAGUUUAAGGGAAUUUCUCAUGCUUGAAAGACUGUGUGAGGAGGCUGCACAGGCAGAGGCGGAGGCGAAGGCAGAGAAGAAUAGGAAUGUAGAAGCAGAGGAGAGGAAGAUGGAAGAUGAGAAUAUUGCGAGUAGAGAAGGUGAAGAUGAAGAUGAGGAUAGCGAGUGCUCCUCUAGCCUGAGAGAAUUCCUAAUGCUCGAAAGGCUCUGUGAGGAGUAUGAAGAGGCGAAGCAGAGGAGGAGGGAGAGAAGAGACCAAGAGAAGCUAGAAAGGGAAUUUAAGAGGUUUCGAGGUGGCCAGUUGAGCACAAUAGAAGAAGUAGAAGAAGAAGAAGAAGAAGAAGAAGAGGAGGAGGAGGAGGGUGAAAAUGAGGACAGUAGCGUGAGAGAAAUAGGAGAGGAAUGUGAACAUUCAGACGAGUGUCAUAGAGAAGUAGGUAAAGAUGUGGCUUCCGGAGACGGCGACCACAUACAAGGGGAGAAGUUGAUGUCGUUGGAAGAGUUCUGUGGGGAGACUUUUGCAAUCUCUCCAACCUUUAUCGAGGACAUCAUGGAGGAGAACGGAAUCUCACAAAGGAGGCUUGAACAAGCACAUGAGGAGUUUGAAAAGUCUCUAAGACUUUUUCCUCGUUAUAAUGAGGUGGUAGGUAAGUUGGAGAAAGAGCGGAAAGGGAAUGGACAGGGUGACACACUUUCCAAGCAGAAACCUCUGCGACGGAAAGGCCCGUGCAAACCCAAGUGA